UUUAUUACAAACAUUACGUACUAUAAUUUUUUAAAAAUCUUUUGUUCGUAAGCAUGUAGGAAAUUUAGAGAAUGACAGUUUCGGAAGAAAACAAAGAGAACGUGAAGACCCUAGGGAGAAUUGAAAUAUUUGAGAGAAGCAUGUAGGAAAUUGUAUUAAUCAUUAAUCUUCAAACGAAUGUCUAAGAAAGAAGCCAACAUGCUGAAAGGGCGCAGAUCGCAUGACAUGCAUCAAAUGAGUCAAGACAUACCAAAUCACGAAAUCAAAAGUCGAGUAAAACUAGUCUGAUCCUGCCUACACUUUCUCAAUGAAACAAUCAUUUUCUUUAACUAAAUUUCCUCGGUUUCCAGCAAUUUUGGCCUCGGGACCUGGCGAAAGACAAGUAUGGGGUUGCCACACCAGUGGGGGGUUGUGUCCCGUCAUUUUCAGGAUUCAAAUGAAGCCUUCCUCAAAGGCCUAACUCCAUGAACUGCUUGAUAGCUUGAAGAAUGACAGAAUCUUUAAAUAUAACAGGAAGAACUUUGCAUUAAGAACAAAGUUCACAUAAUCAGAUUCUAUUUUGCAGAAGGUGAAUAUACAACACGUGCUUAAUUAUCAUGAGAACCAUUUCAUAAGACAGACAAAGCUCAAGGACGUUAGAUAAACUUGUUCAAGAAACCAGUCCUUGAAGGCCUUUGAGAAUAAGAAGCUGACUUCAAUAGAUGAGCUAUAUGCAUCUAUGAGAUGAAAUAUAUUCAUCACCAUGAAAUCACCCAACAUACAAAAAGUUAUAAAACCCAGAAGAAUUGAAUGGAUUGUUAAAGUCUGAGAUUAGUAAUUAAAUGAACCAAUAUUAACAACGUCAGUAUUAGCACCAGAAGUUACAAAACAAAAGAGCAAUGGGUAAGAUUCAGCAACAAUUACCUUCUUAUGUACCAACUCACCAUGACCUUGAAUACACGAAAGAUAUGUAUCUUGCAUGCAGCAAAACUCUCAGUUGAAGAUAGAUAACUUACCAAGUAGCAGAAGAUAUCAAUUGAAGCAACUUCUUGUUUCAUGACUGUCACUCAAUAACAGUGAAAAUCUUAUCAUCUAAAGGAACAACUUUAGACAAUUUUCUCUUCAGAAAAUUCUAGAUAGAAAUCACUUGGCAUCAUGGAGUACAUUGCUUCAAAAGACAACAAACUGCUCAUGAUGCAAAUAGGCAAAAAAUAGAAGUUACCUUAAUUGUGAAUGUUCUUGUCAUGCGUAGAUCAACAUGGUUCGGAGGGAACUGUAAUUCAUAUGCAUAGAUCUUUUGUUCAACAGCAUAUUACUUGACCAUACCCAUGGAAAAGGAAGGGUAAUGGAACUUGAAACCCACUGCAGGACUUUGAAGCAUGAGUGUUGAACAUGCAUGGUUAGAGACAGAUUUAAUCACCAAAAGUUCAAUGAUUGGAAUGUCACAAUAUAGAUUAACAAGUUCU